AUGGGUGUGUUUGGUGUUGAUGAAGUGAAGUCUGUGACGGAGGGAGAUUCAGUCACUCUAAACUCUGCUGUUACGAAGAUACGAGAAGAUGAAGACAUACUGUGGAAAUAUGGAGCUAAAUUAUCUCUGAUUGCUGAAAUCAGUAGAGCUUCUAGAAUCUUCUCCACAUAUGAUGAUGUUCUUAAUGGGAGAUUCAGAGACAGACUGAAGCUGGACAAUCAAACUGGAUCGCUGACCAUCAUUAACAUCACGACUGAACAUGCUGGACGUUAUGAACAACAGUUAAGCGGAGUAAAGUGGUCUUCAAAAACAUUCAGAGUUACUGUCUAUGCUCUUCUGCCUGCUCCUGUCCUCAACUCUUCUCAGUGUUCUUCGUCCCAGUCUAAUUGUUCAGUGUUGUGUUCAGUGGUGAAUGUGAGCGCUGUGAGUCUCUCCUGGUACAAAGGAAACAGUUUAUUGUCCAGCAUCAGUGUGUCUGAUCUCAGCAUCAGUCUCUCUCUACCUCUGGAGGUGGAAUAUCAGGAUAAAAACACCUACAGCUGUGUGAUCAACAACACCAUCAGCAACCAGACCACACAUCUGGACAUCAACACACUCUGUCAGACAUGUCCAGGUGCCCGCUGGUAA